GGCUCUACCACAGAAAGUCUCUCUACAAAAAAAGAUGGCACUGUCAUGGAAGGGUCAUCAACGUUAACCGUUGGCACUACAACAGACAGUUACUCUACAAGCACAGAUGGCACUACCAUGGAAAGUUCCUCGACAGGCAAUUACGCUCUUAGCACUGAAGUCACUUCUCCAAUUAUAGUAGAGACUACCCCAGAGAGACUGAUGACCACUGCACAAGAUGUCACCACAAAGGCUUCCCCACAAGUACAACGGCACCCACUAUUUUCUCCUCAGUGGAAAAUGCAAGUAAUGGUACAAGUGCUAGUACACCUUUUAUGGUCACUCCCAGAGUCGACAUUACCAUCUCGACUACAGUUGCUAGCACUUCGUCUAGUGCAGAGAAUACCCCGUUGAGUACACAAGGUAGUUCGACUUCUUUUGCAAAAGUGAGCCCAGAGAUCACCACCGCCAAGUCAACAAGCGAUGGUAGUACAUUACAUAGCUCAGUGGCCACAACUGACAGUACCGUUUCAGACGCAAUUGGCACUGCAUCGGGCAGAACACAAAGAACUGCAGAUAAUUCAACGAUACAAAGUACCAAGCCAACUACAGAGGAGACUACAACCGUCAGCGCUGGUUCAAGUACAGAUGGCAUCACGGUUUCAAAUACCUACGAUCUUUCGAUGGAGAGUACAACAAGUGCGUCUUCAAUUAGAGAAGAUGGCAGCACGGCACAGUAUAUGUACACUCCUACGUCAGAAACCGCUUCAAGUGUAACUGAUACUUUGCUAAACACUAGUGCUGCCAACGCAGUUACAAGUACAAAGGGAAUUACAUUUAACAUGGACACUAGUGACACAGCUCCGACACUGGGAAGCUAUUCGACAAGCACUGUUCCAACUUCACAAUCAACGACGAUGAUCGGCAAAACGGAAACGAAAACCUCUACAGUUGCUAGUUUCAGUUCUACCAACGGCACCUUUGAAUCGACGACCUCAACCACGUAUGGUUUUAUUACCACGGGAACCGACGAAGUGGCAACUACACCGACUGAAAGCGUAACUUUCAGUAGUGCCACAAGCAAAAUGCCAACUCGUACUGAAACAGGAAAAACUGCCACAGGUGAAGUUGUAUCAUCUAGCAGUGGCACCAGCCAAGCGGCAACCAUAACAGCAGAAAGGAAAACCAGUGUAACAAUUUCGUCCACGAAAGAGCUGGCAUCCAGCACAGGCACCGUCAAAAGUAUGACAACAUCUUCUCAAUUUAUUCCAACCGGAAUGAGGACCACAACAGUUCACUCCCCUGUAGGGAGUUCCACGCUUAUUGGAGGCUUCUACACGACAGGGACUGAUACCACCCUCAGUGGCUCUUUCCUGACCGACAGUGGGACGACAUUUGUCCAAACCACCGAACUGACCAGCACUGUUCCAUCGUCAAGUUCUGUGACUGGUACACUCUCAACAAAGAGAAGCCCGGCCGAAGAAAGCAGUAGCACCAAUAGUGCUUCGAGCACGUUAUCUAUCGAUCAGGAGUCAAGCACAGUAUAUACCAAAACUGAUUAUUACACCUCGUCACCUAAAACUAUUGACACGUAUACUUUUUCAACUGAAGAAGCUUCGCCAGUUUCAUCGUCAGACCUGAGUAGCACCAUUUCGGGCUCCGUCGAUGACGUUUCGACCCCAUUCAGUGCAAGAACUGAUACCACUUUCACCAGUCAGGGAAGGGAUACAACAUCCAGUGUCUUCCUCAGCACAGUUUCUACGUCUCCAACAGUCAGCAUAGAUUUGACCGGUGAUACUACAACCGACACAGUUUCUUCAUCCACUUUCGUUAUGGAAAAGUCAUCUGAUGCUACGGCGGGAUACACACACUUGCCUGUAACGUCACCCUCGCAAGACACAGACAUCUUCGACGGCACUAUCCGAGCGGUAAACAGAACGUUUACGGAAGGCUUUCAAAAUCAAAGCAGCGUGGAAUUUAAACAGGUGGCAUCUGAAUUUUGUGAAAAGAUGGAUCAAAUUUACAAGAAAUCCUCACUGAAAGAUGAUUAUAUACGAUGUACAGUCAUAUCUAUAAGGAAUGGAAGUCUAAUUAUCGACUUUGAACUCGAGUUCCGUCAGCCACAAACAACAAUAGGACCGGUAGCUAGAGAGCAGCAGGUCAAAACUGUCAUUUUGAAUAACAUAAAAAAAGUAGAGACUACAAACUUUCUGGGAUCGUUCCAGUUGGAUCUUUCCGUUCAACCGAUCAGAAUUAUCCUCAAAACGACCACUACCACCACUGGGCAAACGGAGUAUAUGACACCCGAAAUCACCUCCAGCCCAUUGUCCACAAAAGUGUUUCAAACCAAAAUACCUGUUCAGUCCACAAAACUGAUGGACACCACCUACCUUGGUCGGUCCACAUCAGUUAUACAUACCACCACACCGGGAGAAUCUGCUACAGUGCUGGAAACAACAACACCUGGCCAGUCUACAACAGUAAUGGAUAACACCACACCUGGCCAGUCUACAACAGUAAUGGACACUAUCAAACAUGGUGAGUCUACAACAGUGAUUAAAACAAGCACGCCUGUCCAGUCAACAACAAGAAUGCUUACCAAUACACCUGGCCAGUCUUCAACAAUGAUGGAUUCCAGCACGCCAGAACAAUCUACUGCAUUUAUUGAUAUUACCACACCUGGCCUGUCUACAACAGUGAUGUAUCCAACUCCACCUGGUCAGUCUACCACAGUUAUGGAUAUCACCACACCUGGGCAGUCUACAACAGAAAUGGAUACCACCAAAUAUGGCAAGUCUACAACAGUGAUGAAAACAAGCACACCUGUCCAGUCGACAACAAGAAUGGAUACCAAUACAACUGGCCAGCCUACAACAGUGAUGGAUAUCACCACACCUGGACAAUCUACAGCAUUUGCUGAUACUACCACACCUAGCCAGUCUACAACAGUGAAGGACACCACCACACCUGACCAGUCUACAACAAUAAUGGAUGCCACCACACCUGGCCAGUCUACAACAGUAAUGGACACCACCACACCUAAUCAGUCUACAAUAUUAAUGGACACCACCACACCUGGUCAGUCUACAACAGUAAUAGACACCACCACACCUGGUCAGUCUACAAAAAUGAUGGACACCACCACACCUGGACAGUCUACAACAGUGAUGCAGACCACCACACCUGGCCAGUCUACAAAAGUGAUGGAGAUAACCACAAUUGGCCGGUUAACAACAGUGAUGGAUACCACCACAACUGGCCAGUCUACAACAGUGAUGGAUUCAAGCACACCUGGUCAGUUUACAACUCUAGUGGAUAAUGCCACACCUGGCCAGUCUACAACAGUGAUGGAUACCACCACUCCUGGCCAGUCUACAAGAGUAAUGGAUACCACUCUACAACAGUGA